AUGGGCUCUUCAUCAGCAACGGCGAAUCGGUUUUUACUCUCCAAGAUUGCAACCAGCGAGGGCCAUGGUGAGAACUCACCGUACUUCGAUGGUUGGAAGGCGUACGAUAGAAACCCAUUCCACCCAACGAAAAACCCCGAGGGGGUUAUUCAGAUGGGUCUUGCAGAAAACCAGCUUUCCUUCGACUCGAUCGAAGACUGGAUUAAGAAAAACCCCAAAGCCUCCAUCUGCACUCCCGAGGGAGUUGAGGAGUUCAAGAACGUGGCCAUCUUUCAAGACUAUCAUGGCUUUCCCGAGUUCAGAAAGGCUGUGGCUAUGUUCAUGUCCAAAGCGAGAGGUGGUAGAGUCACAUUUGAUCCGAACCGGGUUGUGAUGAGCGGUGGCGCCACCGGAGCGAACGAGCUGGUCAUGUUCUGUCUAGCCGACCCCGGCGACGCCUUCCUCGUCCCCUCUCCUUACUAUCCAGCAUUUUUUAGAGACUUGGGAUGGAGAACUGGCGUCCAAAUUGUCCCGGUUGAUUGCGAUAGCUCCAACAACUUCAAAAUAACCAAGGAAGCACUUGAAGCAGCCUAUGAAAAAGCCCAAAAGAACAACAUCAACGUGAAGGGCUUGAUCAUAACAAACCCAUCAAACCCAUUGGGCACCACCUUGGACAGAAACACACUGGAAAGCCUUGUGGAAUUCAUCAACCAAAAGAACAUCCACUUGGUGUGUGACGAAAUCUAUGCAGCUACAGUGUUCAGCUCCCCGACUUUCACAUGCAUCUCCGAGGUCAUACAAAACAUGAAUUGCAACCCCAAUUUAAUCCACAUUGUCUAUAGUUUGUCCAAGGACAUGGGGCUCCCGGGCUUGAGGGUCGGCAUAGUUUACUCAUACAAUGAUGAUGUGGUGAACAUCGGCCGCAAGAUGUCAAGUUUCGGGCUGGUUUCGUCCCAAACUCAACACAUGCUCGCGUCGAUGCUCUUGGAUGAAGAGUUUGUGGCAAGGUUCCUGGAGACAAGCUCCAAGAGGCUCGCAAAGCGGCACGGGGUUUUCACAAAGGGGCUAGAGGAAGUGGGAAUCAACUGCUUGAAGAGCAAUGCCGGCCUUUUUUGCUGGAUGGACUUAAGGAGGCUGUUGGAAGAUCAAACAUUUGAUGGUGAGAUGGUGCUUUGGCGUGUGAUUGUGAAUGAAGUGGGCCUCAAUGUCUCGCCAGGGUCUUCUUUUAAGUGCGUGGAGCCUGGUUGGUUUAGGGUUUGCUUUGCAAACAUGGAUGACGAGACUCUGGAAGUUGCACUCAAAAGGAUCAGAACAUUUGUACGCCAAGGGAAGAAAGCUCAAGAUCAAGUUGUACAAGUUAAAAGCCCUAAGCGUUGGAAAAGCAAUCUGAGGCUUAGCUUUUCAUCAUCAUCAACCAGAAGAUUUGAUCAAGAGAGUGUUAAUGUUUUGUCACCACACAUGAUGUCUCCUCACUCUCCUCUCGUUCGAGCCAAGACUUAA